AUGGCACAACGUGUCCUCAAUAAUCUGAUAAUAAUUUCGAUAUUUUUUUCCACAAUGCAGAUACGGAGGGUUGGGUUCCUGGGGGGUACUAUCAACAAAACCAAAUCGAGGAAGCCCACGGUGAUUUAUCGGGGACCGGAGUCACCACUGUACACCGCAGUCUGUCCCUUCGUCUACGUGUUCAGGAUAUUUGGGCUUGCACCUUAUGAGUUUGCUGAUGACAUUCUCGUUCCCUCCUGCUUCAAUGCGAUAUUCUCGUUCAUGGGGAUGGUUCUUUAUUGUUGGAUUAUCUAUGGGGUAUUGGCGAGUUUCUAUCAUGUGGAUAGGGGAAGCCCCGUGCUUGGUCAUACGGAAACUGUCAAGACAACUUUCAAUUUCUGCGUUGCACUAAUGGAUAUCGUCGUAGCCCUGUACUACCGUAGUGAAUUCACAAAAAUAUGGAAUUCUAUUCAAGAUCAUGACGACAGAAUUAGAGAGCUUGGGUAUAAAAAAAAUGAACGAAAGACAACGAUCUUCGUGUGGACAAGCCUAGUCCUGAGUUUUGUCACGUGUAUAUCAAUCAAUCGUCUGGGAAUGAGGGCUUUCAUUCAAUCCUGGUGGGACAAUAUCUCCUAUCUCCUACCGUACAUCGGCACAUCAGUGUCAGUUGUGAAGUUUUCUGGAAUUCUUCUGCUACUUGGUGAUCGAUUUUAUCAGCUCAAUGAAAUAGCGAAGGAGAAUAUUCCAGUUAAACCGAGAUGGAUGAAUAUAGUGCCUGUUGUGAAUGCCAGAAACGUCGAGCAUCUGCACGACAAUCUGAUGGUGUUGGGGGAAAAACUCGAGUCCAUGUACUCGUGGUCUCUUAUGGCCUGGGUCAUAAACUUGAGUUUUCAUCUGGUCUUCAAUCUUUAUUUUAUUAUUGAUUGGAUUCUUAAGCCUGAAGUUAUAUGGGCGCCUGUCUUCUGCUUGCUAUCAUGGACAGUAGCUUUUGCUGGGCAACUCAUCUUGCUCCAUUAUGCAUGUGAUUAUGCAUCUCAAGAGGCCAGCAUGAUGGCUUAUAUAAUGCUCUCAUGGAAGCGAUGGUUGUGCACACGCAAUGGAAACUGGGUUGUGGAAACUUUGAUGCAUUUGCGAAAUCGAAGACUUCAGUUUUCUGCCGCUGGGUGCUUCGAUGUCAAUCUAUCGUUAUUGCGUACAAUAGCAGCCCUUUUGACGACGUACUUAGUGAUACUCCUUCAAUUCGAGUCGACUUUAUUUUCUUUCUUCUUGUGGCAGUCAAUGCUGACAUCCUGGUUGCAUCACGUGCAGACUCUCCUUUUUUUUACUCCCAAAGGAAUUAAACACGGAUUUAAAAAGCGUGUGCUUGCAGCAUCGACCUUGAACUGA